UCGAAAGCAGAGGAAGAGACGCAAUCGGAGAGCUAUUAUAGUGCCGCGACCUCUAAUAGUAUCGCAAUCGGAGGGUGGCUGUCCGAGAUGGCUACACCAACGCCAUCACAGCCCUCUCACCCAACGUCGGCAUCUAAGAGACAAGCUGGCGGCCAUGUCUCACCCUCUUCAUACCGCGUGUCGUCACCGGCACCGCGCAGCGUUCCGUCACCCACCGCAAUCAGGAAGGAGCACGCUGGGAAGACGCCAAUGAAUCACCCGACCACCGGCUCGUCACAGGGAAGCAAAACAAUGGGUGGCACACCAAUGGUGCAGAAUCCGAGUCAACGGGGUCACACAUCUGCCUCACCGAACGCCAACCUCUUAAGCUUUGGGACUCCAAUAGGGUUGGGUGUCGAAGGGCUCACGCCAAGCCAGCUCAACUUGCCUACGCCAGGCAUGGCUGGUAUUCCAAUGAGCCUAACCAUGUCCGAUCUCGGCAUGACGGCAAGCGGUGGACAGAAGCGUAACGAGGAUGAGGAGCGCAGGACGAGGAUGCGGAACGUACUGAAAAGUAUUGGCAAGUCCAAGGGUAGGAUAAGUGAAGAGGGCAUCAUGAGGGUGGCGAGGCGUGCAGGGCUUGACAACGAUAUUGACUCGAGCCGUAUCAGCAUCGCAGGCACGAAGAUGAUUAUCGACAUUUCGUUAACAAGUCAGAUGCCGCAUGAAGUCCUAGUCACAUUCGACACCGAAAACGCCGGCCUUACCGCUCAGGCCGAUUCGGUCAGCAAAGUGCUUGCAGACGACUUGCUGGCGAAAGAGGUCGAUACGAUCAACGCCAAGCUGGACCGUUUUGCUGCGAACCUGAAUCGUCUGGCCAGGGUCGACCGCUUGAGCUCCUCGCAGGUUAAUUGCUUCGAGGCGCUUAGCGGUAUCUACGCCAGCCUCAAGCGGCUGUAUGAGCAAGAAGUGGCUACUGCGAGCGCCCUCGAUGUUUUACGUGAGAAGAGCGGCAGACCCGUACUUCAUGCUAGUGGCCACAUUGGCUACGAGCUUGCCUACUGGCAACAACGCUCAAACCUUCCGCCUGCUCAUAAAGGAGAUGAUCAUGUCUUUCGUCUACGCAUGAGCAUCGAGCGCUCGGCCGCUGAACUAUAUCCAUCCAUUCGGAUCUCCGACAAGUGGCUUCCCGGGCAGCUUUCACUUACCGCCGAAAGCGGAACUGCUUCCACGCUACCAUGGCUGGACCCAGCUGCGCUACUCAUCACAGCAGACACGAGCGUAGACGCUAUGGCUACCGAAGGUCAACAAAAGAUGCCCGACCUGCGCUUCACUGCAAGGCUCGAUCCGCCGCUUGUGUUACCAUGGCAAGUUGCGAGUGCGGUCCUGCAAGUAAUGGGACUACCACCGCCACAGUUCUUUGUCUAUCCACCCGCAUGGCAUGCAAUGCUUCUGGAUCCUUCUACGACUACGCCACUGAAUGUAGCUAAUGGCCAUCCACUACAAAUAACACAUGCAGUCACUGUCACGCGCGGUGGAGAGGAGGUUACCGUUCAUCACAAGUACGAGCUCGACGUUGCUAGAAACGACGGCGGGUACGUCCUUGAGGCAUUGCCUUUUUCGCAUCCUCGACAACUUGUGGAGCUCCUUCCAACGCUGCGUCAGUGGGCCUGUUUUGGGUCGUUGGUUGAGCAGAUCUUGCAGACCAUACCUUUCGCAACGCAUGAGGAUGCCACGAAUGGCAGUAUCGCUGACAUCAACCGGCCAAACCCUGUAAAGGCGGAUGAAGAGCAAGGCUCAGCGGGCGCGGAGGACAAGAGGUUGGCCAAGGCACUCGACGCCUGUGGCGAUAUCGGAGUCUGGAUCGAAUGGCUGCGCAGCCGCACCAAUUAAUGCUACCUGCAGCAGUCCAUGGGAAGCCUACAGUAUUUGGGGUGACUGUACUAAUGUGGCCUUGACAGAUCGUAGGUAAUCUCUCUCACUCCGCUUACUUACCUGCAGGAGCACGGUGUGGUGUUGUCGACGGUCGUUGCGCGACGAACCGCUCAAGUGCUUGGUUGAAGAACGUUUCGGUCAGACUGCAAGUUAGUUGUUGUGCUAUCGCUGCUCGUUUGCAGUAACGCCGUGGUUACUUCAACGGAUGUAAAGUGACUGCUGGCAAGCUUUUUGAGGAGGGAGGCGUCGUAAUUUUCUGUGACAUCCAGCUCACGUUCUGACAGAAAGCCACAGUCGGCUGGGGCGUCGAGUACGGAACGUGUAGAGGUAGGUCCGCCGUUAUAUGUAGAGGUCGGUCCGCCAUUAUCUCUACUCAAGCUUGAGCAACCACUUUUUCAGGUGUCUUAG